AUGGAUCAGUUGAAUAGAACUAUAGAUCCUGCAUGCUUGGGUGAGCCACCUCUAGCUAUAGACGUCAUUAAUGAGCUGGAUAUUUUCGAUGUCGCUUUGUAUUCAAUUCUGACAUUUAUGGCCACAGUAUCACUAGUAUUGUAUUUGGAGGAGUGUGUUUAUGUGUACAAAAAUGUACCCUCACCAAAGAAGACCACCAUCAUAUGGGUCAAUGGUGCUGCACCAGUUAUUGCUACAAUGUCCUGUCUUGGAAUGUGGAUCCCUAGAGCUACUAUGUUUACAGAUAUGACCUCUAACUCGUACUUUGCAGUAGUGGUCUACAAGGUCCUGAUCCUCAUGAUUGAGGAGUGUGGAGGAGAAAAAGCUUUCCUGAAGUACUCAGCAGCACAUACAUUUAAAAUCAACACAGGACCAUGCUGCUGCUACUGCGCAUGUUUACCUCGGGUACAUAUUACACGACGCAUGCUGUUCCUGUUAAAGCUGGGUUCUCUUCAAUAUGCCAUUAUGAAGACUGUUCUCUCCAUCUUUGCUGUUGUCUUAUGGACCAAUGGAAAUUUUGAUCUUUCUGAUCUAGAGAUAACAGGAGCUGCAAUCUGGAUUAAUCCAUUCAUAGGAGUCCUGACUAUUAUAUCAUUAUGGCCUGUAGGCAUUAUGUUCAUGAAUAUUAAAAGUCAACUUCGCAGCAUCAAGAUGGUCCCAAAAUAUUCAAUGUAUCAGCUGGUCCUAGUUCUGAGUCAGUUGCAGUCAGCCAUUAUUAAUAUCCUGGCUCUUGAUGGCACUAUAGCCUGUUCACCACCCUUCUCUUCUGCUGCCAGAGGAUCUAUGUUUAGUCAGCAGCUAAUGAUUACAGAGAUGUUUAUCAUUACCCUGGUGACCCGAAUGCUGUACAGACGCACAUAUGACCCUGUAACCCUGGACCCCCAUGAGAACGACAAUGAGCAGAACACUAAGAUCAACCUAAACACAACUUCAGGCCAGGAGCAUGCAGUCUGAUAGAAAAGCAAAAUGUGUUUAUAAAUCUUUGUGCAUUUGAAUUUGUAUAAACCACUUUUUUAUUUAUGUACUUUUUACAGUACAGACCAAUGCAUCAAAUAAUAAAAAGAGAAAACUUC